UGUCUAUUGUCGUUCAUAAUAGGUUAGCUAUCAGUAUCAAGAUUGGACGAUUCUAUAACCAAAAAUCUAUGCAGUGAAUAUCAAGUUGCCAACAUGUCAAGACCUAAAGCUUUGCUCACGAAUGCUUUGUCUGAUCGAAUUGAAAGACAGAAAGUUGCACACUUCAUUGCAAAUUGCACUAAUGGUCAAUCCUGUACCUGCCUUGUCUGUUUAGUGCAGAUUCCAAAGGUUACAGGAUGGGGGCAAUUGGAGAGCGAAGUUGAGGAGAUGCUAAUUGCGAAUCGUGAUAUCGAGUUCCCAGAACUGUGUGGUCCUAUCUCUGCACAUGGAUUAAAGCAACAAGAACUCUGGAGUGAAGUCGUCUCAAAAUUACCAAAUAAUUUUGAUGAAUGGGCACCCACUAAGGUUAAUGCUCGUAAAACUGAAAAUGAUGAAACCUCUGAUAGCGAAAGCAGCAGCAGCAAGACUAUCAAUACAAACCGCCGUCAAUCUCAAAAGAAAUUUUGUUGGAGGAAGACUAUAAAAAGGACUCAUAAUCGUAAAUAUCACAGAAAAUCCAGUUUCACCAAGGAUGAUAAGCAAUGUGAUGGAAAAGUUGAACACGUUCAAGAGUCAAUGCUAAUAAAGAUUGACACACACAAUCGGUUUGAAGUUCUAAAUCAAGGAGCGGCGUUUCUAAAUCAAGGAGCGGCGUUUCCUACUGAAGAGGAAAAGAAAAACAAAGAAAGGACCGCAAGAAGAGGACAACAAUGCCUUAACACCGUGAACAUGAGAGGAGGAGGAACCGACAGUAAAUUGACAGACAAGAAAACCUUCAAGAGAAAUUCAAAGAAAAAACGGGUAGGAAGGAAACCCAAAAACCCUAACGCUAAGAGACCUAUGCAGAAAGAUUCUAUUUCUAUCGAAGAAGAUAGUUCUCUCGCAGAUGUAUCCUUGAUAGAGAGUCAGCAGGAAGACCCGACUUCAGAAAAAGAAAGCAGAACACAAGAGUCUUGUGUAGAUGACAUUGUUAGUGAGGAUAAGAGUGAUACUAUACUUUAUAUCGAUGGGGAAAAACAUGCUAUUGAAAGUGAAAAAGAGCCGGGUUUAACGAGUAAACUAAAACGUACUUUGAGGAACUUCCGUUAUAGGAAAUCACCAGGAGGUCAGCAAACAAUCCGUAAAGUUAAAGAUCAUUACAGAAACAAAGACCACGCCAAAGAGUUAAAUAAAAAAGACGUCCUUAAAUAUCAGUCGGGGUCGCAUGGUCAUGAUGUACUGAGUGAAUACCUUUCUUCUCCUAGUGGCAGGUCUUCACUCAAAGAAGCAGCCAGUCGAUAUCAAUCAUCUCUCGCUGGCAAAUCCUCACUUAAAGAAGCAGUCCGUCGAUAUGAAUCAUCUCUCGCUGGCAAAUCCUCGCGCAAAGAAGCAUCCAGUCGAUAUCAAUCAUCUCUCGCUGGCAAAUCCUCACUCAAAAAAGCAGCCAGUCGAUAUCAAUCAUCUCUCGCUGGCAAAUCCUCACUCAAAAAAGCAGCCAGUCGAUAUGAAUCAUCUCUCGCUGGAAAAUCCUCGCGUAACGAAGCAUCUAGUCGAUAUCAAUCAUCUCUCGCUGGCAAAUCCUCACUCAAAGAAGCAUCCAGUAAGUAUAGAUCAGCCCCUGAGUUCAAGAAGAAAAGAAAGGAUUAUGAAGAUUCGGAGAAAGAGAAAAUGUCACAAUCUAGAAGGACUAGAUAUCGUCGAAACAGACUGUUUGAAGAAUUUGAGGAAGAAUUCGAAGACGAUAUAGAUUAUUGCUUGACGAGGAAAGAUGCCAUGAAACAGAUCAGAAAGCACACGACACGUAAUGGUAAAAAACUACAAUUCCUGCUACACAAGGAGAGGAUCAUGGGAUUUAGGAAAAGUGUUUUCCUCCCCAAUAUAUCCUAUAUUUCAAGAAAAGGCACCUUCAGAACGAAAACUUUCAUGAGAUCGAAAAGCAAGUUAAUGUGGAAAAAUGCUGUCAACCGAGUGAUGAUCGAGAAUUUGAAUGAUCGCCUUGCGAAUGACAUCAUUAACGAAUGGUACCCGUCUCUCAAUUUUAAACGGAACAACCAGUAUAAGAAGAAGUUUAUUGCAUCUCAGCUCCAGAGGAGGAUCUUAAACAGCCGGGAUCUGUGGAUAAAAGUUUUGUAUGGCCGUUGUCAUAAGUUGAACUUGACAUCAGAACAGCUCAUUAACGAGGAAAAACUGGAUAUAUCUGAAGAGAAGCGUUUUGACAGCAUCCUUGGCUACAAAUGUCACAGAAAAGGUGUGGAACCUCGCUUUCCUCUCUACAGCUUUAGCAAUGGGGGAGCAAUUCAAGUUUCGGUAUAACAAGAGUU